GCAAAAUGUUAUCAAUAAAAAAUCGGAUAUUUUCAUGUUACAAACUUUUAUGAUUUCGUUGGAUUCUUUUUCACAUUACACGUUUCAGCUACAGAAAUAUGCUUGAUACGACGUAACUGAUAUACUCUAGGUUUUAAAUAUGCCAUUGUUUGACGUGAUCGGUCUUGGAGGGGAAAAAGUAGCCGUGAUCAUUGACAUUGGCGAAGCAUACACCAAAUGUGGUUUUGCAAGUGAGAUUUCCCCGAGACAUAUUAUUCAAAGUUCUGUUACAAGAAACAUCAAUGGCAAAAUUUUUGAAGCAAGAAUCUCUCCAAACGGUGUAGCAAGUACUACAGAUGACACCCUGUAUGGGACUCUCCGAGAUUUCAUACACCAGAUAUAUUUCAGAUAUCUUCUUGUGAAUCCAAAAGAACGACGUGUCGUCCUCUGCGAGUCCUUGCUCUGGCCAACCAAAUUUAGGGAAAUGUUAGCCAAAGUUUUGUUUUGUCAUUUUGAGGUUCCCUCCGUUCUCUUUGCUCCAAGUCAUUUGAUGUCACUUUUUACUCUUGGUAUCUCAAGUGGUUUGGUCAUGGAGUGUGGUUAUUCUGAAACCAGUGUUCUACCAAUAUUUGAAGGCAUUCCGAUGAUAAAUUCUAUUGAAUUCCUUCCUCUUGGUGCAAAAAUAAUCCAUAACCGUUUGAAAUCAGAGUUAAUGGAGAAAGGCCUGGUUCAUAUUGGUACCGGUAUUAAACCAUUGUCUUCAAUACAAGAUGAUUUGCCUGAAAAAGUGUUGGAAGAUAUAAAAGCACGAACGUGCUUUGUUGGUCCCAAGAUAAGCAUUCCAGUUAACGAAGCGAGACCUCCGUCAAUGGUUCAUUCUGUUGACUAUCCUCUGGACGGGGGGAAGCUCUUGAGAGUCGAGGGACAGAUUAGGGAACAGACAUGCGAUGUUCUUUUCGAAGGAGACGAUGAAGGGAAGUCGAUUGCAUCUCUUAUACUUGACGCCAUUAUUAACUCUCCGAUAGACACUCGGAAGGCCCUCGCUGAAAAUAUUGUUCUCAUUGGUGGAACGACAAUGGCUCAAGGAUUCAAGCACCGUCUUCUUCAAGAGCUCCAUUCGCUUCUUCAAUCAACGAAAUACCAAAACCGUCUGAGCAUUCAAACGGUGAAACUCCACGAACCUCCUGUGAAGGCCAACUGCGUGGCUUGGUUGGGAAGUUCAAUUUUCGGCUCAUUGGAAGUGCUUGCUGAUCGUUCUGUUGCGAGGCUGGAUUACAUCCGGGAACCGUCGAUUCCUGAUUGGUGCUCGCUCGCGUCACGAACCAAUGAGAACGGCAAUAUUUUAACUAACGAACAGAAGCCGAAGAAAUUUAUCUUUGGUUCCCCCGGAAAAUAGUUUUCCCUGUAAAACUUAAAUGUUUUCUAAAUUAAUUUAGAUUGCAUUUGCUGUAUGCGAGGGCCAAUUGGGUAAAAUUACAGGGAUAGCAGGGAGUAUAUAUGUUCAAGCAUGGAUAUUAAAAA